UCCGCGCUUUGCCUUACCACGCCUGCAAUGGCAGGCAGGUGCAAAAACCACCCUCUUGGGGUGACAUGGCCUUCUGAGGCGGACUGGUUGUCUUUGAACGCAUCCAUUGGCGGUCAUCUGCUUCGCACAGUUCCCGUUGCUGCCUCCUGCUGGCCUAACAGCACCUUCGAGUCCCACAUCUCAUGCAAUACAGUUCAGUCACAGUGGACCAACUCGCUCUGGCAUGCAAGCCAGCCGGACUCCAUUGACUACCCUAUCUACGCGAACAAUUCUUGCCUACCGCCAAACGUGACAGGUUAUGUACAUGACCGGGACUGUACAACCGGGGGACUGCCGGCAUACAUUGUCAACGCCACAACGGAGACUCAGAUUGCGACGGCAAUGAAGUGGGCUGCCGACCGCAACAUCCGCAUAGUUAUUAAAGGCACUGGGCAUGAUUUGAAUGGACGGUCAAGCGGUGCCUUUGCUCUGUCAAUCUGGACUCACCAUCUCCGCAAGUUGCAGCGCGAUAUCUCAUGGAAACAUCCAACCAAGAAUACCACGGAGGAUGUAUACAUCAUUGGCAGUGGCCAACAGUGGGGCAAUGUGCUCGAAUACGCGCUCGCUGAGGGCCGAGUAGUCACCACCGGCCAAGACCCCAGCGUCGGACUUGGUGGCUACAUUCAAGGAGGUGGACACGGUCCAUUGUCCCAAACCUACGGUCUCGCUGCUAGCCACGUACUGCAGAUGCGCGUCGUCACCACCCAGGGAGAAAUACUGGUAGUCAACCAUGCGCAACACCAGGACCUGUUCUGGGCGCUGCGCGGCGGCGGGCCGGGUCUGUAUGGUGUGGUCACAGAAUAUGUGCUGCGACAUCAUCCGGCUCCGAGCAACGUGACUAUGGGAAACCUUUUGAUCGCCCCAGGAGCCGACCGCAACAAUAUCAGCGCCGAGAAAUCUUGGGAAGCAGCCGUGUCGUACCUCCAGGCACUUCCGGAUCUGAUGGAUGCCGGUCUAGCAGGGGCAUGUAUGAUGUCAACUGGCGAGGCGGCGGUGCGGUUUGCCUCCCUCUCUGAAGCUACCACCGGCGUGGUCAUCUCGCAAGUCUUCUGGUCUUUCAACUCUACCUCAUCCGCCAUGGAAGCCUUGGUCCGUCCGGUCCUCACUCGAAUUGGACGUGAAUCGACAACGGACAGUGGCAGUAGUGCAGUGACUAUCACUUUCAGCACUUCCAAUGUUGCAAACUACACCUCCUUCAUCUCCGCCAUCUCUGGUAGCAGCGCAGCCGGCAGCCAGAGCGUUAUAUCGAGUCGCCUCCUGGGCCGUCGCGAGCUCCUCGACACGGCGCGCACAGACAUGACCAGCUAUCUCAAAACCGCGCUUCAAGCGCAGAACGCGACCGUGGGAACCUUCGCGACUAUCGGUUUACAAGGCGGCCCGGGAGUGCAACAGACCCCUCCAGGGGACUGGGGCUCUCCGAAGCGGGCGCUACAAGACGCCGCUCGAUGGUACGAGGCCAAGGAGCACAUGUGGCAGCUGUGGGCGCCGGAGUCGGGGGCGUACAUGAAUGAGGCUAAUCCAUUUGAUCCUGAGUUCAAGCAUGACUUCUACGGGGCAAACUAUGACCGGUUGCUGCAGGUCAAGGCCAAGUACGAUCCGACUGAGAGCUUGUUUGUUCUGGCUGGUGUGGGAAGCGAUCGGUGGGAUUAUGAUCUAGAUAGUGGUCGACUCUGCAGGGUGAAUUGAACGGGUCUCUAUCUUCCGAGAAUCGUUCACGGUAUGGGUUGUUUCUUGUACAGUUUGUCUGCGGACUCAAUGCAAAUGACCAAUGUUCU